UGCGAUGCCAGAUUCAGCCUCCUAAUUCACUUCAUCAGCACCAGUACGGACGCAGGAACAUCUGGGAUGGACUGUUUUGCCAUUUCCAUCUUGUGUAAAAUAUGUAAAUGGCAACAUUCACAGUAAUGUGGCCAACAGCAGCAAAAAGAGCUAAAAGAAGAACUGGUGACAGCAGCAGGUCAUUUUGCUGCUCCAGGUUGUGGCAGCAUUAGUAUGCUGCGUUGCUACUUCUCACCAUACAGGCCGCGUCUAGUGACGGUGCUUUAAUACAGAUAGCACAAAGUCUGUUUAUGUGUGCACAGUAGAGAUAAGAUUAGCAGAGAGAGCAGCCAUUUGCUCCAUUUGCUCUCUGGAGGCUGAGGGAUGCCAUCUCUUCCUCUGGUCUAUUGAUCCAGAGGUAAGCUCAGACUCAGAGUCUUGGUUGAGCGACCCUCUGCAGCCCUGCUCUGUUUGGGUAGCACAUUCACCUAAUCCUGUCCGGGCCAUUAGACCAGUUGGAGCUUCAUCUAAUCUUGGAGCUACCCGGCGGCAGGAUGUCUACAGCUGCUGCUGGAAACAAGGUGGAGAUUCAGUUGGCUGAGAGGAGCUGAGCUGUGGGUCUGUCAGCCAGAGAGGCCGUAUGUGUUCACGCUGGAGCGUGCUGCAUGUUCACAUGGUGAAGAAGAGCUCUGCCCUGAGGUCUUAAUACAGUGAACAAGAUGCAUUCAUCUUUGUGCAUGUUUCACCUCGGGCUGCUGCAGAUACACUCCCUGUUUCUCAUUGUGUCAGGGCUGUGCGUGAGGGGGCGGACCAUCACCAGGAGAGGAGAGUUCAGCCUGGUCUUUAACCAAUCUGAUACUCCGCUUCACCUCCCCAAUAAAGAACUUCCCCCUAACCCUGGGGCCCUGACUUCGGUCUCCCAGCUCUCCCACACCUCCAUCUUCUCAGCUCCCCCCUGAUCAAUCCACCCCCAAAACUUUCCUGAUUCUGGCCCUGCUCCUCCCUGCUCCCUCCCUGCCCCGGUGAGUCUCCCCUGGCAUGGUAUGGCGCUACCUUCAGCACACGAGUUUCACUGGCAGAGCCUGGCACGACUGCCCAGCGGGCGCGUCUACCACACUCUGUCUGAGGUGGGGGGGCAGAUGUACAUGCUUGGGGGCUGCGACGCUGCAGGGAGGCCCUGCCCGGCCCUGGACCUCUACUCCCCCGAGGGGGACCGGUGGAUAAGCUUGCCCCCCAUGCCCACCCCUCGCGCUGGGGCAGCUGUUGCUGUCCUGGGAAAACAAAUCCUGGUGGUGGGAGGAGUGGGAGAGGACCAGAACCCCCUGAAGGUGGUGGAGAUGUACAACACAGAGGAAGGGAGGUGGAGGAAGAGGAGCGCUCUGCGGGAGGCCUUGAUGGGUAUAUCCAUCACUGUCAAAGACGGCCGGGCUCUGGCUGUGGGGGGAAUGGGUGCUGAUCUGCUCCCUCGAAGCAUCCUGCAGCAGUACGACCUUCGAAAGGACGUUUGGGCUCUGCUUCCUCCCAUGCCAACCCCACGCUACGAUGCCAAUAUACAUCUGCUGGCCAACAAACUCUACGUGGCAGGCGGCCGUCAGUGUAAGCGACCGGUGAAGGCCUUUGAGGUAUAUGACGCAGAGACGCGUUCUUGGACUACGCUACCCAUGAUGCCUUGUAAACGUUCGUAUGGGGGUGUGAUAUGGGACACGACUGGGAGGUUGUGUCUGCUCGGAGGACUGCGGCAGGGAGGAGGACACCAGAGCUCCAAGUUCACCAAGAACGUCAACAUUUUUGACGCCAACCAAGGCACCUGGUUGAAGUCGGAGGAAACGGUGGCGAUGAAGACGAAGAGAGCUGACUUUGCUGCUGCUUUCCUGCGUGGCCGGAUGGUGGUAGCAGGAGGACUUGGUCAUGAGCCUUCUGCGCUGGACACGGUCGAGGCCUUUCAUCCUCAAAAGAAGAAGUGGGAGAGGUUGGCUGCCAUGACCUUUCCCCGAUGCUCCACCUCCUCCAUCGUCAUCAGAGAUCGCCUCCUGGUGGUGGGAGGAGUCAACCAGGUUCCCAGCUCAGCUCAUGAGAUCCUGUAUGUAAAGGAAGAAGAGUAUCUGUAGCUGCAGGAACUGACAUCAGAUCAGUGAUUCCACUCCCUUGUGGAUUGUGACUGUGUGAUGAAAUGUAACAGAUAACACUGCCCCCUGCUGGGCUUUCUGACACUGAGCCCCACAUGUAAGCACGCACAUGCACAAUGGAGGAGCUGGCUCUUUCUUUAUACCAAGUUGCGUUCCUUGAUCCUUUCAGUAUGUGACACUUCUGCGUUGUACGUUGUAGUGCAUACAUGGAGAAUAAACUAUUUUGUAGCGUAUGUCUAGUAAUUUAGACAGAAAAUAUGUGGAACAUAUCUUUGGUUAUGUGUCUUUGUGUUUGUGUGGAGCUUGCUAGCAAGUGAGCAUUUGUAGAUUAAAUUUUUUUAUUAAGUUAGACAAAGUGACUGCAACAUUUGUAUAUUUUUAACAUCAUCUAGCUACAGACUGGGUAAUUUUAGGUUCAUAAACUGUACUGUAACACGAUUUGCACUACAGCAGUUAACACUGAGUUUGAGUAGAUUUUUAGAUCAAAUAUUUCUAGUGUAAUUACACAGAGAAUGCUGUACUUUCACUCUUCCAUGCUGUAGCAGUGCAUGUGUGUGGGUAUGAUAAUAGAUAUGACUGAAUAUAUUGCAUAAAGGAAAAGACACUAUUAAAUGAUACUGUUUAACUGA